UCGCACAGAGUUUCACCAAACAGAAAGUAGUAGAGAUCGGGAAACAGGCAUCUCUUGCCGCCUGCGCGGAGAAACACAACCCAGACACGUUUCAGAAGGGUUACAGACACACUACGAGGGGAAACGGGUACGGAUAUAUAUCCUUUUAUCGGAGUUUUGAGCAAUGCGCUGGCAGCAUGGCCAGAUGGUUCAAGGAGCACCUGGGAUUCAAAACCACCAAAGCCCCGCCACCGGCGCCCCCAAAACCGGACUACCGACACUUCCACACCACUGUAUCCAGUCCGCCCGGAUACCAUCUCCAUCAGCAGCAGACGGGCACCGGGUUUAUGUCCGCACAGCCCGACAUCCUUACCGCCUACAAACUCCAGAAGGAGCUGGACUUCGAGGAUCCGUACACGGGAGGCGGAAAUAUCCCCUUCUCCACGGGACCUAGUUCAACGGGCUCGCCGGACGUCAAGUAUGUGUCCCCGAAACACCGGCUCAUAAAGGUUGAGACGAUCGAGCGUAGUGGCUCAAGUUCGGGCAGCAGUAGCGGGUUGACAGCGGUCAAAUCCCCCACUUCUCCACCCGCCGAACCCGAGAAUGGCCACAGCAGCAGCAGUUGUAAACAGGAGAAGCUCGCCAUUGUAGAGGACUACGCGGACCCUUUCGAUGCAGCGGAUCAGGCUGGUGGCACUCAGACAGUCACAGAAAAGCCAACGGAGAAUGACGGCUACAUGGAGCCAUACGAGGCCCAAAAAAUGAUGGCUGAAAUCCGAGGUGGUCGUGGUCCUAAAGAUGGUCCAGUUCGGCAGCUACCUCUAUACGACACCCCCUAUGAGCCAGAGGAGAAUGGGGGAGAACUGGAUGGAGGACGGUCUUCUCGUGAGAGCAGAUUACCCCAGGACGACGAGAGGCCCCCGGAGGAGUACGACCAGCCUUGGGAGUGGAAGAAAGAUCGUAUAUCUAAAGCGUUUGCAGUAGAGAUUAAAGUGAUAAAGGAUCUGCCCUGGCCUCCUCCGGUUGGGCAGCUCAACACCAGUCCUCCUAUAAUGGAGGCGGUGGAGGCUCCGUCCUCGCCUGCCCAGUCCUCACCAGGACAGACCUCCACAGCAACAGCAUGUGACCAACACCAGCACGUGCAGUUUGACGGUGUGGAAAGGUCCAGAAUGUCACCCACUAAAGAGGCGAAAUCCCGCCCACUCCAGCGGCACUCCAGCAGUUGCCUGGUCAACACUAAGAUGAGCUCACUGGAUCACAGCACACCCACAGUGGGCGAGCGCAUAGACCCCUCCAUGCCCCUGGAGAGCCAGAUCUGGUACCAUGGUGCGAUUAGCCGGAUUGAUGCAGAGUCUCUGCUGAGGUUAUGUAAAGAGGCCAGUUAUCUGGUGAGAAACAGUGAGACCAGUAAGAAUGACUUCUCCCUCUCGCUCAAGAGCAGUCAAGGUUUCAUGCAUAUGAAGCUGUGUCGGACCAAAGACGAUAAGUAUGUACUGGGUCAGAACAGCUGCCUGUUUGACAGCGUACCAGAGAUCAUCCACUUUUACUCCAGUCGGAAACUGCCAAUCAAAGGAGCCGAACACAUGUCCCUGCUUUACCCCGUGGCAAUACGGACACUAUAGGAACACUUUAUGGCAGUACAGCUAAUGCAGUCAUUCAUAAAUGCUUAAAAGCUCUAUUGAAUGUGUCAUACAUACUUUGUGAGGAAAAUGAUUGUCUUCUGUCCCCAGCUCAUGUUGGAGCUUAUAAGCUGGUUAUAAACAUUUUAUAACAGGAGUUAGGGUGUUUAUUAAGCAUUUAUAAGUGGUGGCAAAGGACAAACAUUAUACUAAAGUGCUACUGAAGUCCCAAAGGCAAAAAGGGAGAUCCCUGGAAGCCCAAUUUAUCUUGCCUGAGCUCAAUGGACUAAUGGAGCAGGAUUGACCAGAGUACUGAAGGAAAUGACUUCUCUGCAGCAUUACCUACUCAUACAUGCCUUCUCCCUGAUCCCAGACCUGUUCUCUCCCUCUUUCUUCACAUAAGUGGAUCUUUAGUUGUAGACCUGCACCCCUCACUUUAUCCUCUACUGUUUCAUACUGUAAAAAAAAAAAAAAAAAAACAAAAA